UGUGGUGUCACAUGGCCUCUCUUAAAUUGGUGGAGUUGACGGAGAAGCUUUGCAAACAAACUCAGACAUACGUACCAACCACUUUCUCCUGCACCUGCGCCGCGAAAAGCCGAGGAUGGACGCAGCUCUCAAGAAAGAAAACGGUGACAAUGGAAUAAAGCAAAUGAGACAGGCCUAUCUGGAGGAGCAGACCCAGAAGUCCGGCGUGCUCUCCUGCAUCUUCUCCCUGAAGCAGGAGGUGGGCGCCCUGGCCAAAGCCCUCAGGCUCUUUGAGGACAAGGGCAUCAACUUGACCCACAUUGAGUCUCGUCCGUCGCACAUGAACAGAGAAGAGUAUGAGUUCUUCAUUAACGUGGACACGACCUGCUCCAAGGCUCUGGACGAGGUCAUCGACGGGCUGCGCCUGGAGAUCAGUGGACAAGUGCACGAGCUCUCCCGUAACAAACAGAAGGACACAGUGCCCUGGUUCCCCCAUGAGAUCCAGGACCUGGACCGCUUCGCCAACCAGAUUCUGAGCUACGGGUCGGAGCUGGAUUCUGAUCAUCCCGGGUUUACUGAUGCAGUCUACAGGGCCCGCAGGAAGGAAUUUGCCGACAUCGCCUACAACUACAGGCAUGGCCAGGCGAUCCCUAAUGUGACCUACACGGAGGAGGAGAAGGCUACGUGGGGCCAGGUCUUUAAGGAGCUGAAGACACUGUACCCGACCCACGCGUGCCGCGAGCACAACCGCGUCUUCCCGCUCCUGGAGCAGUACUGCGGCUACCGCAUCGACAACAUCCCCCAGCUGGAGGACAUCUCACGCUUCCUGCAGUCGUGCACAGGGUUCCGCCUCCGGCCAGUGGCGGGCUUGCUCUCCUCGCGUGACUUCCUGGCUGGACUGGCGUUCCGGGUCUUCCACUCCACACAGUACAUCCGGCACGGAUCCAAGCCCAUGUAUACCCCAGAGCCAGAUAUCUGCCAUGAGCUGUUGGGCCAUGUGCCCCUGUUUGCUGACCCUAACUUCGCCCAGUUCUCACAGGAAAUUGGUCUGGCUUCCCUGGGCGCCCCAGACGACUUCAUUGAGAAACUGGCAACAGUAUACUGGUUUACUGUUGAGUUCGGCCUCUGCAAACAGGGCUCAGAGAUCAAAGCCUACGGCGCUGGCCUGCUCUCAUCUUACGGAGAAUUACAAUACAGCUUGACAGACAAGCCCAAAGUGCUUCCGUUUGACCCUGAGAAAACUGCACUUCAGAAGUAUCCCAUCACAGAGUUCCAGCCCGUCUAUUUUGUGGCAGAGAGCUUUGAGGACGCCAAGGAGAAAGUCAGGAAGUUCGCCGGAACUAUCCCGCGACCAUUCACCGUGCGCUAUAACGCGUACACCCAGAGCGUCGAGGUGCUGGACAGCACGCAUGGCCUGCAGAACCUGGCUGACAGCAUCACAGGUGACAUGGGCAUCUUGUGCAACGCCUUGCGUAAACUGCACUAACGAUUACGUCGAACUAUUGUAUUGAUACGGAUGUUGUAUUGUGAGGAGUUUCUCAAUUGUGUGCGGCAAAAAUGAUUAACUAACUCUUACCAUAUAUCCAAAUCCAAGCAUGCAUAAGCUUUACCAUUUGCAAAUAUUUUAUAGUCUACUCUAUGGUGUGAUUUCUCACAAUAUAUCACAAUAUAUCCCUUGCCAUGUACUCUAAUGUAGAAAUAAAUGUUCAUAUUGUAGUGUAUUGUAUUAUGUUUAGAUACGACGUAACGCUAUCGACAUGCUUUUUUGUAAAUAUACACAUUAUACAUCCUUUACACGCACUAAUCUGGGGAGUGAAUUCAAGCAGAAAUAUUUGUUUAUCGUAAUGGCAUGACUCAAGCAGAGAUAAAAACGAAAAUUGUUUGCCUACCUUCAAAUGAUACGGAAGCUUGUCUGGCUGUGUCUGCAAGGCUGGGGAUAAUAACAGUAAUUUCACAAAUAAUGGGGAGCCAAUUGAAUCACACCAGAGCUUGAUUCAUUAGAUUACUCCAUUGUGCCUUUGAUCUUUUAGUAAAAAUCGAACGAAUAUUUUUUUUUUCUUCUGCAUUUAUUUACAGUAAAAAAAACAAGCACAUAAGCUGUGAAGAAAACGCACAACACAUGUAGUGAUUUGAUAAGUGAUGCAUUUAGUCUACGAUGAUAAUUAGAUGUCAUCGCAUAUAUCAUUUUUAAAAUAAGUUUUAGAUAAAAAAUAAUUUGUCAAUUCUUAGUGUGGUAUAGUAAAAUGCUUUGGGUAAGCUAUUAGGCUAUAGGAAUGAUUCUGUUAGCAAUGUGUUAGGAUGUGCAUGCAAUGUAACUGAUUCAAGAAAUAAAAUAUUUUUCACUUUCA